AUGGCAGACUUGACACUGGACAUCAAUGAGGUGCAGGUCUUGGUUCACUUUCCGGGGGAUGCUAAUGGUUUCUUUUGGCACCAUAGGAUACUCCUAUAUCGUAUCGAGGGCGGGGAAUGGCUCACCCUAACUCCCGACCACGACAUCGUCCGGCACAACCUGACGAAUCAGCGACACCGUGUAUUAGAUCGUGCUGCUCCUUUCCCCGGGGACAUCGCUGUUGAGAUUUAUGCUCAUGAUCCUCUAGGUCGGGCUGCUUUGGCAAACUUUAAGCGACAAGCACAGAUCCAGGCGGCGAUCUUGGGAGAGGGCGCCCUACUUGACCCCGAGGUAUUUCAGUGGGUUGUGUGCGAGCCGCACCGGCCCGACUUCGGUAUGGUCGUCGAUGCAGCGCUCCUUGGGAAUGAGGCCACGGGAUUGGCUUUCACGCUUAAGGGGGUGAUCUUGAAAGACGGUGAAGAGGUCUUCGUGGAGCGCGUGGGGGUUGCAGCCAUAGGUGAUUGGAGACGGCAGCGAGGUUUAGAGACUGCCGAUGUGCGAUUAUUGGGUGAUCAUCGCGACGCCUCGGGAAAGAAGGUUCUCGACUUGAAAUCCGCUGUCUCCUUGAUGAAGGCCCCGGCGGAUGAUGAUUUCCCCAUCGCAGGCACUCGAGCAGCGAAGGAAUUUCACGAGAGUGUGGCAUCAUCUACGGGCAAUUUCCUCAGUUACCACACCGAAUGGCUAAGACUUUCCGGGGUGUCUAAGAAGCACAGCGCUGUCCAUGUCCAUCGAGCUCUUUGUGAAGGAUUGCGACUCCUCCACUCCUUUGACCAGAUCGACGCGAGCGCGGUGGCAAUCGGAGAACACUUGACGCGAUGGGCUAUCCAGGUGGAGCUGGCCGUUGAGCGCAACCCGGCGCAACCCGACUACACCGGCCUGGACAUCAUCAGCGGGACGGCUCAACUACCAGAUGGUCGGGCCGACACGGCUAAGUUCUCGGAGUGGGUUACGAGCCGUUUGAAAGAGCGAGCUUCGAUCUGGAAGCAGGAGCGGCUCUUUAUGCACGAGCGCCGCCAACUCCGAGGCAAAGGUCGUGAUGGUGAGGAGGCUUCGAGUUCCGACGAUGGAGGUGGCAAGGGAGCGAGGCGAAAGAAAAAGAAGAACAAAGACAAGAAGGACACCACAGACGCCGGCGCCAAGGGCGCUGGCGGCAUGGUGAUCCCUUCCCAUUGCCGCGGCUUCCUUCUGAGAGACCUCGUGACCUUCAAUCUUUGCAUGGAAAUCCCCUGGACCAAUGUACAGAACUGGAUUAUGAAGGAUCUCCAUCGGCGAAUCAGCCUUUAUGGAGACCCACCGGCCGAUUUGGAUGAGGACUCCGUCAUGGCUGAUUUAGGGCAUCGCAGUAGCCUGUAUGAGCAGGAGGCCAGACACCUAGCCCCCAUGGACCUGGACCGGAUUAAGAUCCUCAAGAGGAGAUUGGAGCCGACCGAUGCCAAAACUUUGGCACCGCCGGAAGUGGUUGCUUACCUUCGGCAUUUUGACGAGCUGGUGGAGCGCACCCCGAGCGAGUUGGCGGUGCUCCGCGAAUGCGGAACCUUGGUGGAACCGUACUGGGACCCAAGCCUGAGGCGAUCACGGACCAAAAGGUUGGAACUGUAUCGAGCCUUGCACUCUGCUGGUCUCCUGGCCUUCCGGCGCAGGAGAAAGGCGCGGGUGGGGUUUUUCACAGUGCACAAAAAAGGUGGAGCCCAGCGCUUGAUCGUGGAUGCCAGGCAGGCCAACGCCUGUCACCGAUCACCUCCGACAACUCGGCUGGCCACACCGGCGGGGAUGAUCAAUUUGGAUCUUUCGGCGCAGACUUUGGAGGCGGAUGGGUUUGGGGGCACGUUUGGUGAUCCGGAGAUUUCGGCGGAGGCGGGGGAUGUCGGCGAUUGUUUCUACAACUUCCAGGUGCCUGAGCUCACGGCGUGGUUUGCCACUGAUGAUUCAUUUUCAAGGGAGGAAAUUCGACAACAACUCGGCUUCGACAUCCCUGAGGUCUACGACGAUUCCCUCGGCUAUGAGACUCCUUUGGAAGAGAACGAGCGCGUGUAUGCGGUGGCACAAUCAAGCUCACGACCAGGCCGACUCAACGAUGAAGAGAUUCGCGACCGUCGUCCUCCUCCUCGGCUUCUCCCUGGACACACCGUGGUUGGCACCUAUGUGGACAACGUACACACCUUCGGAGGUCAGGCGGGCGCCGCUGGCUCCCGUAUGAACGCCAUUGCCGAGAGAUUCCGGUCCUUGGGGAUUCCCUUUGAGGUGGACGGGGUGGAAAAUCAACGAUGGAUGGAUAGCCUCGGACUUCACUUGGACUUCCAGGGGCGCUGCACCGCCAGGUCCAAAAGCCAACGGGCCUGGCAGCUUUGGUUUGCCACCCGUGGCUUGCUCCGUCGGGGCCGAAUCUCAGGACAACUUCUUCGGGUCUACCUGGGCUUGGCCAACUUCCAUUUCCAGUUGAUGCGACCGGCCUUAUCCAUCUUCUCUGCAUGUUACCGCUUCGCGUCAGAGAAUAUUGAUAGGCGCCGCCCUGUUUGGCCUUCAGUUCGUGAGGAGCUCAAGUUGACGCUGGGUCUCAUCUUCUUGGUGGAGUAUGACAUGUCCGCCCCCUUUUGUGAGGAGGUCCAUAUCGGAGACUCUUCGGAUAAAGGCUACGGUCUGACGGUUACCUCGGCUCGUCAUGUCGAGCUACGCCGUGCUCUACUUCAUCGUGAACAGUGGCGCUUCAUCACCAGCGAGGAGCCCGACACACGCCCCAUCCCCCAGGACGGGUUUGAACAUGGACCCUUGGGUUUCCCGGGCAGUGCUCCCAAUGCGGGGGUCGGGAGCCAGACGGCUUACGGCCGCGAGCUCAACCAGCGCAUCGAGGAGGGAUACAAUAACCCGCUCUUUAAGCAGCGACGAUCGCGACUCCUUGGAUCACCGACUCCUUUGAUGACCUCAGUGGUACAGGGACCUUCCAUCCCGGCCUUGGCUCAGGAGUGGGAUGAUCCUCUUCGGUGGCAUCUGGUGACCGCGGGACCUUGGCAACGACCUCGCGAGCACAUAAACGUGAAGGAAGCUCGAGUGUGUUUGAUGGGAUUGCGGCGGCUCUGUCGGACGGCCCGCAAUUGCGGCACUACAGCACUCACCCUGACGGACAGCAUGGUGGCGUGUCUGGCGUUUGAAAAAGGCCGCAGUGGCUCGGGCGCUUUGAAUGCCCUUUGCCGGCGGGCCGCAGCUUACUCCAUCGGAUGCCGGAUCCAGUGGACUGGGAUCUACACCGUCUGCGAGUUCCAGCUGCUCUCCUUUGUCGACUUCGUGGCGGUCUCCUUCGGCAACUUCCUCUACUAUUUCAGGGACGGCCCAGUCAUUGACCUCGAGCACAUCGUCAAGCCCUUUCCCGCUCUACUUCCUGGAGAUCUUUUCGGGCACGGGGUCGCCAAAGGUCACCAGUUUGACCUGCUUAGACCCUCUAGUCAGAAGAUUGUGCUCGACCUCAUCCGAGAUGGGCGGGUAUGGUGUGUGCAUUUCGGCACCCCAUGCACAGUGUGGACUCACGAGGACACGGACGGCGAGUUCCUCUUGGAAGCCAGGCGCUACCUUCGGACUCACCCGGUCGUCUUCGGCAACUUCACUGCCCGUGACCUCGCAAACCUCGUCGGGUACUUUGGCAUCUCCGGCUGUGAAAGUGGACACCACGUCACGGCCCAAAGCACCAAAGUCCGCACUACUCCGGAAGGUGCAGCGCUACCUGCUCGACUCCAAUUGCGAACCCUCAAGGUCACGCAAAAGACUCUGGACAGUUACCAUCGCCACGUGCAGGACUUUGAAAGCUGGGCCAGAUCCAAAGGGCUUCGAACCAAUUUGAAUAAUUUGGAUAAACGAGUGGUGAGGUACAUGACGCAGCUAGCCCUCGAAGACGCUGUGCUCCCGUCGACCGGAGCCUACCUCGUCUUUGGACUUCAGAUGUUGAAGUGCACAGGGCCCAAGGCAAGUUUUCUUCCAGAAGCAAAAGAGGCCCUGGCAGGUUGGCGAAAACUCUCCCCUGGUGGAAUGAGAUUGCCAGUGCCCGAAGAGUUUGUCUAUGACUUCGCCUACUUGGCUCUGGACGAACAGCAACUGGAAAUUGCUUUCGCAAUGAUUAUUCAGUUGGACACUUACCUUCGUCCAUCGGAAUGCCUUGGACUUCGCCGGGCCCACAUCGGCUUCCCAGCGGGAGACCGCUACAACAAGUGGUCCAUCGUGGUGGCUCCCUUCGAUUUGGGCACAGCUACCAAAACGGGAAAAUAUGAUGACUCCGUGCUAGUUGCUGACAAAUCAGACCGCGCCUGGCUCACAGAAGCCAUGCAACUCUACAUGGCAAAGACGACAGACGAGCUUUUCCCGUCCUUGACCUUGGCCAAAUACGAAAAGUGGAUGAAGCAAGCAGCCCCCAAGCUAGGCUACAAGUCUGCCUGUGUGAUGCCCCACAUCUUGAGGCAUGCAGGGGCGUCCAAUGAUGCUUUCCAUCGGCGACGGCCUUUGGCCGAGAUUCAAAAACGAGGAAGAUGGGAAUCCAGAAAGAGCGUCACCAGAUAUGAAAAGCAUGCGCUUCUGCUGAAACGGUGGGAGCAAGCUGACUCGAAGCGUGGGAACACCAUUCGAGCCAGAUCUCAGACCCUGCCGCGCCGCCUGCUGGCAGUGCUGCGAAAGCGGUGA